AGGAACAAGAAAACCACAGACAUGUAACAGUGUUGUCCUGGUGACUUAUACACACUUGAUAUCAAGUAAAGCAUAAAAGCAGGGCUCUUUCUGGAACUCCACAAAAUCUUCCUCUGAGAUUCUGACGGCAACGGUCUGAAAACCAAGUUCAUGGCGAUGCUGAGAAGUCUGCUGGUUCUGUUCAUCUUGUUCUCCAUGGGAAAUGCAGAUGUUGUUCUAGAUAAACAAUGCCACUAUGGAUGGACAAAUUUUGGAGUCCAAUGCUACAAGUUUUUCUCUCAGUCGGCUGACUGGAUCACAGCAGAGAGGCACUGUAUAGAUCAGCAUGCAAAUCUCGCAUCCGUGCACGAUGAACUGGAAAACAAUUUUCUGAUGAGUCUGUUGCCUUCUACUACACGAUGUUGGCUUGGUGUUCAUGAUGGUGUACAAGAAGGACAGUGGUUGUGGAGUGAUGGAACUGCAUAUGACUACACCAACUGGUGCUCUAAUGAACCUAACAAUCUAAAUGUCGAGAACUGUGGAGAGAUCAACUGGAGCUCUAACCGUUGCUGGAAUGAUGCAAGCUGUUCAACCUCAAUGGGCUAUGUUUGUGCAAAAGAGCUGUGAGAUCAUGCGCAGUCAUCCUGCUCCGCAGUUACUUUGUACUACAUUUGAAAGUUUCUGGACUUCUUUACAAAACGUUCUCAACCUUAAUCUCUUAAUAUUGAAACACUCCUCGAAUCAAUAAAGGCAUUAAAGCAAA